UUUCAUCCCCAAUAAAAUUACAAAUCUCUAUCCAUCUAUCUCUAAUCAAUAUUUAUAUAUCUCUUGCCUCAUAAUCACCAAGAUCGAGCCUAGGGUUUUUUUUGGCCAGAAGAACGAGAACGAAAACCCCCCAAAGCUCUCCAUCCAUGCCUUCUUUCAGGAAUCUAACAGACAGAGGGUAUUGAUAGCUAGCUCUUCGAGUUUGUUGAGUGAGUGGUUGAAUUGGUGUGAAAAAAGCUUUUGGACUUUCAAAUGCCGGAGGAGGACUUGGUCGAGCUCAAGUUCCGACUCUAUGACGGAUCGGAUAUCGGUCCUUUCCGCUACUCCCCGGCCUCUACAGUGGCAACGCUUAAGGAGAGAAUCGUCACCGAGUGGCCUAAAGAUAAAAAAAUUUCACCAAAAGGAGCAAACGACAUAAAAUUGAUAAAUGCUGGGAAGAUCUUGGAAAACAACAAGACUGUUGGCCAGUGUAGAGUACCAUUUGGAGAGCUUCCAAGAGGAAUUAUCACCAUGCAUGUUGUUGUUCAGCCUUCUGUAGCAAAAGCAAAAACAGAAAAGAAGAUUGAUGAGGCCCCGAGGAAACACAUAUGUUCAUGUUCAAUAUUGUAAGAGAGUCGGUCAAUCCUCAUGACAAUGGUGAAGACUGUGAAGCUUGGCUGGGGUCUCCUGGAACAUGGAAGUGAGUAGCUGGAGAGAAAAUAAUUUGUACAACAGUCCUAUCCCCCAUUAUCACUUGGAGGGAGUUCCUGUUUAACAGUGCAUGUUAGUGUAGUCUUUGCGUUUUAUAAAAUGGGUGCUUGAUGUAUUUUGGUAGCUUAGUAUGUAUCAGAAGAAAAAAUAUAAUUUAUACAAAGCUUAUGGGGUUGGAAUGGUGGUUAUUGUCUCUGUUUAUACUACAGUUACUGUCAAUACUGUGAAUGUGAUGCAUUAUGCAUCUCCGUUCGUCUGAUUGCUAUCGUUUUGAAUUAAGUCAAUGUACUCCACAACUUGAAUCUGAAUCAGUGAGUAUCAAACUAUCAA